AUGUUUUGCAUUGGAGUUGAUGUUGGCGGCACCAAUACUGAUGCUGCCAUCAUCGAUCUCAACAAGACAGAUACUGCAUCGCGUGGCGUUCUGGCCACGUGUAAGACCUCAACAACUCCCAAUGUGACCAACGGUAUCAAGACUGCAGUCGAGCAGAUCCUGGAAACCUCCAAGGUCGACACACGCAACAUUCUGAACGUCGCGGUCGGCACCACCCACUUUGUCAAUGCCGUCGUUGAGAACGAUGCUCGAAGACUGAGUCGUGUGGCGGUCUUUCGCUUAUGCGGUCCUUACACACGGAAAAUCCCUCCCUUUUCCGACUUCCCCUACGCACUGAGAGACAUCAUCGCAGGCCCUUGCUUCUACUUGGAUGGAGGACUAGAGAUUGAUGGGCGGGAGAUUGCUCCUCUCAACGUUGAACAGAUCAAAGCCGCCGCAGAAGGAGUUGCACAAGCAGGAAUCAAGUUCAUAGCCAUCAUCGGCGUCUUCUCCGCUCUUGACCACGCCGGCAUCCACGAGCGGCGAUGCAAAGAUCUCCUGAAAGAUUUUCAGCCUCAGAUAUCUGUGGUUUGUUCUCAUUCCAUUGGUGGUUUGGAUUUUCUUCCUCGGGAAAACGCCACCAUCCUCAAUGCUUCCAUUCUGUCCUUCGCCAGAAAGACUGUCAAUGGUUUUCGACGAGCCAUGUCCAAUCUCCAACUCACAGCUCCACUCUAUUUGACACAGAAUGAUGGAACACUGCUGGACGCCGCUGUUGCCGCCGAGCUCCCCAUCAAGACCUUUGCCAGUGGCCCCACCAACAGUCUGAUAGGGGCGGCUUAUUUGCAGGGAUAUGGCUAUGCGGAUCAGCGCAUGUCUGACUCCCAGAUCCUGGUGAUUGACGUCGGCGGGACCACGACAGACAUCUGUGCUCUCCUACCCUCUGGCUUCCCCCGUCAGGCUCCCAAUUUUGUCGAGGUUGGGGGUAUCCGCACGGCCUUUUCCAUGCCCGAAGUCCUUUCAAUUGGCCUCGGAGGCGGAAGUAAGGUCCGACAGAUUCAUGGAACUAAUAAAGUUUCUGUUGGUCCGGAUUCUGUGGCACAUCGACUCACAACUGACGCUUUAGUCUUUCAAGGAAAUGUGUUGACCUCGACUGAUAUCAUGGUCGCCGCGAAAGCUGCAGACAUCGGCAAUCCUACUCUAGUGGCACACUUAUCAGAAGACAUCAUCACAGAAGCAAAGAUAGCCAUCACAGCUCAGAUAGAGAGAGCUAUUGACAAGAUGAAGGUCUCAUCCGCCCCUGUAACUGUCAUCCUGGUAGGAGGCGGAUCGUUUCUUGUCAACGAGCCUUUGCCCGGGGUGGACAAAGUAUUACGUCCACCACAUCAUGACUCGGCAAACGCGGUAGGUGCUGCAAUUGCCAAAGUGGCUGGCGAGGUGAGCAUGAUCGAAAUUUUGGCCAAUGUCACCGAGGAACAUGCCAUCGAAAAGGCAACCCAAGCCGCAGUAGACGCAGCCGUGACCAAUGGAGCCAACGCGGAAGACACCAGAGUCGUUGACAUCACCAAAAUCCCCCUGCAGUAUGUCUUUAACAAGGCCACGAGAAUCGUCGUCAAAGCUGUCGGCAGCCUUGCCGUGAACCAGUCCUCAGCUGAGCAUGAUCAUGAAUUCUCAAUCAGUGACACCUACUUGGACGACGACACUGAGGAACAGGUGGAGGUCGACAAGGCCGAAGUGACUUCUAUCAUCCGCGGCAGCUUGAUGAAACCGUGUCUGGAUGUGGAUCUGGUAAAGUAUCGACCCGAGGUGAGGAAUGGAGUGUGGAUGAUUUCGCCCGUGGACGUCGAACUCAUUGCCUCAGGCGCAGGAAUCCUCGGCACUGGUGGUGGAGGUUCGCCAUAUCUGAUGGCACUCUAUACUCUGGACAUACUUCGUCGAGAGGGCAAAGGAAAAAUCCGGGUCAUCAAACCGGAGUCCUUGGAUGACAACAAGCUCUGCGUCUUUGGGUCUGGCUAUGGUGCACCAUCGGUCAGUAACGAGAGGCUGGGUUCUGGUCAUGAUGUGUUCCUUGCAAUUGAAUCAUUGAAUGAAAUGUUGAAAGUUGACGACUUCCAAGGCGUUGUGGCUGAUGAAAUAGGAGGCGGUAAUGGGAUCGUGACCUUUCCCAGCAGCGCCAGAUUUGAUCGACCGGUGGUGGACUGUGACCUUAUGGGAAGAGCAUAUCCCACUCUCGAGCAUUCUACCCCACACGUAUAUGGAGCUCCUGUGGCGCCGUGCGUUAUUUCGGAUUGCAAGGGGAAUUCGGCGCUUAUGUUGCAUGCGGAAACAAACACGCGGCUUGAAAGCAUGGUGCGCAAAAUGUGCAUCGAGCUGGGCAACUCCACGGCGCUCGCAACGUGCCCGCUCAAGGGAGAAAUCAUCAAGAAAUAUGCCAUUCCCAAUACCGUUUCGCAAGCAUGGUACCUUGGGCGAGCUGUGCGGAUGGCGCGGCAGAACAAAACCAAUCUGAUUGAUGCCAUGGCCGAGAUCUCACCAGUCACCCUCCUAUACAGGGGCAAGAUCAUCGACGUGAGCCGCGACGUGUCAGGAGGCUACACAAUGGGACGUUGUGUGUUGGGACCUCUAUCGCAGGAUGAAGACGACUAUGCCAUUGAAGAGAGAGAUACUGCGAGAGGAAUGUCUCCUAAGUCACGCGAGACACGGCAUCUCGUCAUUCCUUUCCAAAACGAAUAUCUGUACGCUGCGUACCUGAGUCCGACCGGAUCAAGCUCGCCACAAGAAGAACAGGUUGUGGUGUCAAUGCCAGAUCUGAUUUCAGUUCUCGAUAGCGAUGGUGAAGCGCUCGGGUCUCCGGAUCUGCGAUAUGGGUUGAAGGUUAGUGUAAUUGCCAUGCCGGCUCAUCCACUUUGGACAGACGACCCUCGAGGGUUGAAGAUUGGAGGCCCAGAGUAUUUCAAGCUGGGGUUUGAAUAUUUUAGAGAUCCACAGGUCCUGAUGGACUAUCGUAAGCCACGGAGCGUUAUUGAUGAGUUUGAUGUCAGAGAUGAAUUGGCUGCUGGGAACGUCGGAUGAGGAGGAUAGAGCCUAAUGAUAGAGCCACGAGUUAGAGAUCUAGAGUGUGUAUGCAGUUGUGAUAGAGCGCAGUCC